AUUUUGCCACAAGACUGUCAUAUUGGGCUUUUCAAAGAACCAGUGUUUGGUUUUGCUGAUCUUUUUUUGGGCUGGGGGUGUUGUUGCCUUUGUUCUCUAUUCAUUGAAUCCCACCCACCUUUAUUAUUUUCUUCCUUUUUUAUUUAUUUGGGUUUGCUGUGUUGUUUUGCUCCCAACUUCUCGAAUUUAAUAUUUACCUCAUUUGUGUUUUACCUUUCUCAUUUCUAGUAAAUGUAUUUAAAAAUGUAAAAUCUCAUACCACGAGUUUGAUCGAUAGUAAAUAUAGCUACCACUUAGUAAUUAUUUAGUUUUCAGGUAGCUGAUAGUUUUGAGGUCAUGUGAUCACCUUCCUAUCCAGUUGCAUCUUGGUUGGGGGCACAGUGUGGAUGGUGCCAUGACUCCCUCCCUGGCUCCCCAAGGAUGUUUCUCUGUGGACGUUCCGUGUGUACUUGGAGAGAAUACGUGUUUCCCACUGAGCGUAGGCUCCUGUGUGCAUGUGAAGCCUUUAUCCUCCAGGGUCUCUCUGCCUGCCCUCCUCUGUCUCCACAGCCAGAAACCUGAGGGAAGCCCUUACCAGAGGGCUUGCCCAGCCCUUCGAUGGGCUGGGAGCAUGCCACAGCGUAGCCCCCCAGUGUGGGGGCUGGUGGCAUGGGGCUGGAAGGUGGGUGCCACUCUGCAGUCUGCUGAGGCCCCCAGGGCUUUGCACAAGGACAUGAAAUGGGGGAAGCCAGCAGGGUUCCUGGUCUUCAAGCCUGAGCUGAUCUCCCGGCUGGAGCAAGGGCAGGAGCCAUGGGUCAUUGACCUGAAGGGAGUCGAGGGGAGAGAGGGGGCAAGAACCUGCCUUACAGAUUCUGCAGUUGGGAUUGCAGGUGAGCAGGCCUGUGAGGACAUGGAUGUUCUAAAGUCAGAACCCUGUGUGGCCAUGGUCAGAAGCCCCCCACAGGGUUUUCCUCAGAGUUCUAGCUUUAGAGACACCUCUGAGUCUGAGGUCUGGUUAGAGAGUAAGCCAGGCUCCCUCCUCCAGAGAAACCGCUUGAACACAGGGACUGUGGCUCCCAGGAAGACCUUCUCCAAGGAGGGUGCCCAGGGAUGUGGCGAGCUGGAGAGCAGUGGCGGCCUGGGUUGUCAGCCUGGCAGAAGUCAGGGAGGGGCCGCCGAAGGGACAUCCCAGAGAUGUGACCUGUGUGGCACAAGCUUCAGAUCUACUUCAGACAUUGCUCUGCAUCGAGACAUGAAUACACAGAAGAAACCUAACAGCUGUCCGGAGUGCAAAAAAAAAUUACCUGACUCUUCACAGGGGAAACAUGGAAGUAAGUGCCACGGAGAGAAGCCGUAUGAGUGUGAGGAGUGUGGGAAAGUCUUCAGGUUGUGCUCCCAGCUUAAUCAGCAUCAGAGAAUCCACACUGGAGAAAAGCCAUUCAGAUGCAUCGAGUGUGGAAAAGCCUUUCGUCUGAGCUCAAAGCUUAUUCAGCAUCAAAGAAUUCAUACUGGAGAGAAGCCCUACAGGUGUGAGGAGUGUGGAAAGGCCUUUGGUCAGAGCUCCAGCCUCAUCCACCACCAGAGGGUCCACACGGGGGAGAGGCCCUAUGGCUGUCGGGAGUGCGGGAAGGCCUUCAGCCAGCAGUCCCAGCUGGUCAGACACCAGAGGACCCACACCGGAGAGAGGCCCUACCAGUGCCAGGAGUGUGGGAAGGCCUUCAGCCAGAGCUCAACCCUGGCUCAGCACCAGCGGAUGCACGCUGGGGACAAACCUCAACUUCCAAGGAACCCAGAUGGUCCCAGCCUUGUUGCACAUCAGAGAAUCCACCCUACAGAGAAACCAUUUAAGUGUGACGAGUGUGGAAAGGCCUUCAGGUGGGUGUCUCGCCUUAGUCAGCACCAGCUGACCCACACUGGAGAGAAACCUUAUAAAUGCAACAAGUGUGCAAAAGCCUUUGGUUGUAGUUCACGGCUUAUUCGCCACCAGAGAACUCACACUGGAGAAAAACCAUUUAAGUGUGAGGAAUGUGGGAAAGGCUUCGUCCAGGGCUCACACCUAAUUCAGCACCAGAGAAUUCACACUGGAGAGAAGCCCUACGAAUGUAGUGACUGUGGAAAAGCCUUCAGCCAGAGCUCAAGCCUCAUUUACCAUCAGAGAAUCCAUAAGGGAGAGAAGCCCUACGAGUGCCUCGAAUGUGGAAAAGCUUUCAGUAUGAGCACACAGCUCACGAUACAUCAAAGGGUCCACACUGGGGAGAGACCCUACAAGUGUACUGAGUGCGGGAAAGCCUUCAGUCAAAACUCAACCCUUUUCCAGCACCAGAUAAUCCAUGCAGGAGUGAAGCCCUACGGAUGUAGCGAGUGUGGGAAAGCCUUCAGUCGGAGCUCCUAUCUUAUCGAGCAUCAGAGGAUCCACACCCGGGCCCAGUGGUAUCAUGAGUACGGGAAUACCUUGGAAGCUUCUACCCACGUGAGCCGUAAAAAAGUCAAUACUGUAAAGAAACUGCAUAAAUGUAACGAAUGUGAGAAAAUAUUCAGGUGGCGCUCACAUCUCAUUAUACAUCAGAGAAUUCACACCGGAGAGAAACCUUACAAAUGUAAUGAAUGCGGCAAAGCUUUUAAUCGGAGCUCAAGGCUUACUCAGCAUCAGAAAAUUCACAUGGGAUAGACCACUUACCUUUAUAAAUGUGUAUA